AUGUCAUCUGCAGGUGUUAUCGUUGGGCUUCCUGAACAUAUGAUGUCGUUCAAACUCAGUGGCCUACAGAGAUUGGUUGAUGGCCAAAUGCCAGAGGCCAAACAAAUGAUCAAAAUCCAUGAUUGGAUGCAGAAAGUUUGCCGCGAUGUGUUGGACGAAUGUGAUUUUACUCUUGCUCCACGGACCCAGCUGAUAUACCCGAGUGGCACACAGAGCACCAUUGAUGGUCACCCACAUCGAUGGGAAACUGCUGAAAAAUUGCUCGAGCUGGUGUCUGGUCAUCUAUGGGAGCUCCAGCAAGGAUAUCCUGGAAGCAUUGAAGUGAUUUCUAGGCCUCAGGGAGGGUUUCCAAUUGUAUACUUUCUACGCAAGGAUGCGGAAGAGGCCUUAAUAACGCUUAUAGUCAAGGACAUAAUAGGCGGCCGAGCUUCAGUCAUUCCUGUCCGAAGUUGUCUCCCUUCCGAGCUCGUUGACAUUAAAGCCUUUAUUUCUGAGGCUACGAUACCACCAAAACUUGUUAAACGGGUAUCUUCUAUGUUCCCGGAUAAUCCUGCGGUGAAACAGAAUAUCUACCUACUACGCGGACUAUUAGUCCAUCGGAUCUUGCUCCUCUCGCUUAAAAAACGUUGGAAUGUGCAAUACGGCCUCCACCCCUUGAGAGACCCCAUAGCUGUCCCAUUUACCGCCAAAGGAGUGCCUUCCGAUCAAGCCGAAUGGGGCCAUCCUGAUGUUGCAAUACUCUUUACCUGUCUAGCAUUUUAUCUCGGCGGAUUAGAGCUUCCUCAGGUGAAACAAUGCCUUGAGAGCCUCAUGAAAUCAAGCGACCCAUUGACUGUCUACGAACAAUGGAGUCAUAGCUCAGAAACAUUGCCUGAGAUUCUUCGUGAUUGGAACACAAUAAAUACAGAAGAUGAAUCGCAAGUUCUUGAACUAUGGAGUCACCUCCGCCAUCAGAUGCCUCUCAUUAAUUAUUUCCUCAACCAUUUUGUCUUCCCAAAACAUGCAAAGCAAUUCCGCGUGAAAUUGCAAGCUUCAGGCUGGGAUAUCCCACUAUUCUCUCCUUCUGUGGCCUCUGGGCUAGGAGAUAGCUCAGGGGCUACCAACGGCCACGAGUUUAAGGGGUCCAGGGCUAUGACGACAGGGUUUAGCGGGACAAAUGACAAUCGCACGGUACUUCCGCUAACAAUUGAGCAACAGGAUCUCAAGUCUUUGGUGCAUACAAAUGCAGAGGUGUUGACCUUCAUGCUCCGUGCCCGCCAGUAUGUGGUUGCCGAGAACAGGGAAGGCAAACGCUUGACAGAAACAGAGUUUCUCGUUCGUCUAAAAUUGAUGGACAUACGCGUACUAAUCGAUGCCGGAGCCCAGAUCCUCGAAAUGGACAAUUUAAGCCUCGUGAAGGAGUGGUUGGGUGUACAGCCCGAUGCUCCAGCAGCAAUGUAUUUCAACGAUGAAAACAAGCCGUAUAUCAUCUAUCGGAACGGUUAUCGAGUUCCUCUUCUGGCGUCUCCUUACGCAGAUAACCUGGCAGACUGCCUUGUGUAUCUUGACGAGGCGCACACCCGUGGCACAGAUUUGAAGAUCCCGGUUGAUGCUGUUGGAGCCCUUACCUUGGGGCUCGGGCAGACAAAGGACCACACAGUGCAAGCUGCUAUGAGAUUAAGGCAACUCGGUACUACACAAUCGAUUACGUUUUUUGCGCCCCCCGAAGUUCACCAGAGUAUACUUGAUUCCCGACAAAAACCUAGUUUUGUUCCAGUGGAUUCCGUUGAUGUUGUAUACUGGCUUUUGAUCCAAACUUGCAUUGGUAUAGAGCAGAUCCAACCACUCUACUUCUCCCAGGGUAUGGACUUCAGCCGCCGAACACAAGCCGCCCUGGAAAACCCUAAGUGUCUCAUUGACCAAAACCAACGGCAGCAGUAUUGUAGGACUUUGCGGCAGGAAGAAAUGCAAACUCUAGAGGAGCUGUUCAAACCUGCGCUCAAGGCAAAAUCGAAAACCGCUACAGGUGCAUACGCCCCCGAGAUUGCGAAAUUUGUUAAAGCCCUUCAGCAAAGGCGAAAAGGAUUCCAGGAUUUUGGUGACGCUGUUCAUAGCUCGGCGCUCCAGGAAGUAGAGCAAGAGAGGGAGGUUGCCUACGAAGUUGAAGCCAUCCGAGAAGUCCAGAAACCCACCCGUUUCAAAGCACUGGCCUUCCCUGGCCUCCACGAGGAUAUUAAAAACUUCUGCCAUACUGGGAUGUUGACACCAUAUUCGUCUGGCUACCAGCAAGCAUUCAUUUCUCUAAGAAAUACAGGGCUAGGACAAAGGCAUGGAAUCAACUCUAAUGCAACCUCAUCGAACCUACUUGUCUCCAAGGAGUUCUUGAGAACUGUGCGUUUGCCCGAUGACCAGUACAACGAUAACUAUGUACGCCAAAUAAAUUGGAUCAUUUGGAGCCCCCUAGAAAAAGCAGCGCUUGUGAUCAUCCCUGAAGAAGCAGAGCUGUUGAUUCCUCUCCACCAGCAACCCAAGCUCGUUCGUACACAUCUACUAACUUAUGCUGCACCUGUGACUCGUGGAAUGUUGCGUUUCAACAACCUGGAUUUCUAUUCCGUCCCAUCCCUGCCCAGAAGCUGGAAAGCUCCUAUAUGGUUAACCAUUGAGCUUGGCAUUCUAUCAGGUCGAGUGUACUUUGACUUCGCGGAAUAUGAGCCCUUGUGCGAGUAUCUUGGGGUUGCGAAUACGAUAGCCCAAAGGAGACCAGGUGGUACAGGAGGCGAGAUAUCGUCGACAAAAAUACCCUGGGAGGAUGUAGAGGACAACAUGGGCGUUGACAAGCAGAGUUUUACUGCCAAACCACUAUCCUUCCUCCAGGAGUGGUUAGCCAUCAGGCGUAAGGGCCAAGAUUUCAAUAAUACGCCGAUGGGUUAUGUAUGUCAGGGCAAGAUGUUGAAUGAAAGCAAUGCCUUCUUCUCCUCCAAGAGAGAUAUACGGUCCAAUAUACCCAAACUUAAGGCUGAAGACCAUGGCUAUGAAGAUGAUGUCGCCGAAGAUCGUGGGGGUAGUGAUGAUGAGCCAGAGGAAGAAAUUGGAGACCGAUACGAGAGCCAGGGCGAGGAUCGAGAAUCGACAGAACAAGACGAGGAGAGCGAGGACGUAAGUGAGAGCGGUGAUGAGGGUCUGGGGGGAUCUGAGGCCUUAGAAACCAGCGAAGACGAAAUCAGCGAAGAUGGUGGAACUAGUGAAAACGAAAGUGAUGAUGACGAGUACUAA